AUGGAUGGCACGACGAAUGGCAUUACAGGCGAUAAUCCGAGCCAACACUCGGGGCCCCCUGCAGGCCUAAAUCGCACUCAUCCUUUGACUGCAGUUGAUCAAUCCGCACCUCGACAGUAUAUUCGUUGGAUGUAUAUCUUCGAUUUUCCAGAUACCUCAGAACUCCCUAUCCGCGAGGCUAUCGACUCCAUUCAACGGGGUGUUGAAUAUGCUCUUAGGCAUUAUCCCUUCCUCGCCGGAAAGCUCGGGGUUUUGCCCGAUUCUGUCGACGAGAACCUCCAAUUGUAUUACGGCGAUACCAUUGACUCAGAAAAGGUCAAAGAAAUAUUUAAAUACAAGCUCUACGAGGACGAUUGGGACAACUACGAGAACUUGUGUAGUCACUACAUGCCUGUGUGUCACUUUAAACCGGAAGAAUUUUGCGCAGCCCCCCUGAAUCCGGAUCCCUCCUUAUGGCAGCCAGUUUUCACCCUGCAGGCAAACUUCCUCCAAAGCGGUGGUCUGGUCCUUUGUUUCGCCUUCCACCACUCCGUCACGGAUGAUUGGUCAAUUGCUAAUUUUCUUAAAAUAUUUUGCCAAGGUAUUCAGCGUCUCGAGGAGCCUCCUUCAGAGUACCAAGCCCCCGAUAUUUCUGAAUAUAUUUCCCCUGGGGACGUUGGGGACCUCCAGGACUUUCCAGAAUGGACAGUCUGCAACAGUGUUACAAAUGGGAUAACAGCACAUGAAGAUCGUCCUUCAAACUACAUCUUCGUAAUGGAUUGGGCGAGAGCCGUCGAAUGGACUGGUAAGCUCAUCCAUCACCUUCGCCAAAAUCAGAUCUAUGAUUACGUGAGAAUAGUCGAUUGUCUUGUAGGCAUAAUCUGGACGGAGAUCGUUCGAGCAGGACAAAUCGACGCAGUGGCACCAAACAGAGAAUCAAGACUACAUAUCGAACUCAAUGUCCGCGAUGAGUUAUUACCGUCCCUCGACCAUUCAUACUUUGGCAAUAUGUCUGCGGCAUCUGUCGUUUUGAUUAGAAAUGGCGAUGAAAUCAUGGCGACUAGCGGAGAUGAUGAGUAUUUCUUCGAGGAGUCUAUAGAGCUGUUUUCACUUGCUGCCAUGUACACUCGCAGAGCCAUUGAAGCAAUGAACGACACUUACGUUCGACAUCGGUUAACGUAUUUGAACAGCCUCAGGACACCUAUGGAAAUCCAGGAGAUAGCGGAAGACGCACUUCAUUGCUGCAAAUCUGGUACCAGGUUGAUCGAUGUUGGGGUUGGCGCGGAUAUCUCUUUCGGCAUUCCGGGUACCGGGUCCGAACCCGAUGACGGGAGAGCGAAAUUCAUACGCAGGCCGUGGAUGAAUGACCCUCACGGAGAAAUAAGUGUAGUGCCUAGACAAACGGGAGACGAAGCCGACUGGGAGUUCCAGGUUUGCCUUCAGGAAUGGCAAAUCGAGUCAGCCGUGCCUCUACUUAAGUGUUGGGGGUUUAAAGCCAUAAAGGAUGGGGGAGACCAGGCGUAG